AUGGGCCUUCCCAUAUUUGGCACAAGCAACUACACCACCCCACAAUGGACCCAUGACCCGCCUACGCGUGGAACCUCAGGGCUCCUUUUAAGCUGUCUAACUACACUAGUGCUAUGUGUGUAUAGCGCGCUGCAUCUGAACGUUUUCGACCGUCAAUGUGAAUGGUGGAUGCGGUGUCUGAUUAAGACGAAAUGGGUGUUGAUUGCACUGCUUGCGCCGGAGUUUGUAGUAUACAAUGCAUGGUCACAGAGACGACAGGCGUUGCGCAUUGCCCAGCUGCUAAGGAGACGGAGUGGGCAGCACGAGCCUGAGACUUUCCUGGUACGGUUGCGUAAGGGUCUUGGGAUGAGGGAGGAACUAGAUCAGGAAACAGGCACAAAAGGAGAUGUUACAAGUUCAGAUGAUGACUCCGUCAAGGUGAGGCAGAUCCGAUUGACAAUUGGCCACUCUAACUGUGUGAAGGAUCCUUCGAGCAGUCAGACGUUUGAUCUCUCGCAUGGCUUUCUAGUUGUCAUGGGCGGCCUGGUGGUGGAUAUGUCACGAGACACGGAGAGAGUGUGGCCGAUGUGGUGCGACUCGCUAACGAUCACACCCGCCUGUGUCGAAGAAUGCUUUGGACUAGAUCUGUUCGACGAUAUAGACUUCCAGUUUCUGUCCAAGGAAGCCAUCGCCGGCCGGAGCAAGCGAGACUAUUUUACAAAAUUCAUCACCUCUAUUCAGGUAGUGUGGUUCAGCGCCCAGUUCUUCAUCAGACUUAACGAGUCCCUCCCAAUCAGCCUUCUAGAGUUGAAUACAUUUGCGCACUCGAUCUGCGCUUUAGCCAUCUACUUGCUCUGGUGGCAUAAACCCACAGAUAUCGAUGACCCGUUCGUCCUACACACAGAACAGUCCGAAGCGCUUAGGGAUGUCUGCGCGGCGCAAUGGACUCUAGGUGCCUCGGGCAAGCAUUACAAGAAACAGUGCCUUUAUCGAUCCGAAGAACUCGCAGUCACACUACGCUCCAGGUGGGAAUCUAUAUCUACACACGCCGGGUCCGAACUCCUCAUGAUAAUUUUCCGCGGCCGAAGUGGGAUCACGCUUUUGCCAGGAACAGGCGAAGACUGGUACAUAUUCCGACAGACGGAGGAAAACCGGUGGCUCCAUUUCCCGCGUUAUCAGAGUAGGAAACGGUUCAAGAUUCGCGUCAACGAUGACCGGCCAAUAGCGAUGAAACUCGAAGCUGGCCAACGCAUCCCAGGCACGCGUGAGCACGUCGAUUCCCAAUUUCAGUGCGUCGAGGUAGACGAUAUCACCCUCACCCGAUGGAACCGUGCCCUGCGCACUCGCCACUUCAUAUGCAACUACUCGGUCUGGUUUCGAGACCGUCAGCCGAACUUUGUGUGGCCGCGCGGACUAGAUAGCAAAAAUGGAAGCGUCAUCGCAGAUGAGCUAUUGAAGGGGCUAUUUGCUUCUCUGGUCACAAGUUUGUGCUAUGGGGGCUUGCAUAUGCUAGCGUGGGACUCCGCGGCAUUGGACAAGACUGGGCUCGCGGAGACAUUCUGGAAGCUCUCAUGUCUCAAUUUGGUUGUGUUUGGGCCAUUGGGUUUUGUCAUAUGGGCUGGGCUGAAAGUCUGGCGUGGACCGGAUGCGCAUCUUACUCUUAGUUUGGGGUGGAGUGUACUCCUCAUGAUCAUUACGGCCCUGGCUUUCGUUGCAUAUGCAACAGCACGAAUGUAUCUUGUGGUCGAGGUUUUCGUUAUGAUUCCUUAUAUGGAUCCGGCGGUAUACAAGCUCCCUGAAUACGCCGCAUACUGGCCGCAUUUUGUCUGA